UAAAAGCAUCUCCCUGAAGACACCCUCACUUACACUUAUUGCAGAUCCGGACUUAGUAGAGUUCGACCGUCUUCACUGGUAUCUUAUCGAUGGCCGACAUCUAUGGCGCGCUUCGUGGUGUUUUGUGUUUUCGGAAUUCUCUCUUCCAUCUCUCUCCCUCCCUCUCUUGUUCUCCUCUGUUGCCCCCACCAUUGAUGCGCUGAUAUCGCGCGUCAACUCCGACCACUCGUCUCUCUCCUCACCUCCGAUGUUCCCAUCAGAGCUAUUCUGUGGCACGGAAUUAACGCCACGAUCGACGAGUAUCUGACGUACGAGUGACAACAUGUAGAGUUUAGUUCGUCACGAAGUCAUGUCAACGUGAUCGAAGUUGUGAAUCUGGCGAUCAACAUAUCCACUCGUUGAAGCGGAGGACAGCCACGGCUACGACGACGACGUUCUCGUCGGCGUAUCGAUCCUCCUCGAUGCAUCCCUAUGCUGGUAAACAGUCGACCUCGCCCGCAGCAGCAAGUCGGUAGAGAUCACCACCACCACCGGGAAGAGAUGGAGAUCAUCGGCGACUACGAGUACAAUGGUCGUGAUAUGAUCGGUAACGGCGCCUUCGCUGUGGUUUUCAGGGGCAGACAUCGCAAAAAACCAAAUUUUGUGGUGGCCAUCAAAUGUAUUACAAAAAAGAAUUUGGCCAAAUCACAAGAACUGCUCAAGGAAGAGAUCAAGAUCCUAAAGGCAUUGACCAGACUGCAUCACAAGAAUGUUGUUGCAUUGUAUGAUUGUAAAGACUCUACUCAUAACGUCUUCCUAAUCAUGGAGUAUUGUAAUGGUGGGGAUUUGGCGGAUUACUUAACUGCAAAGGGCAGUCUCUCGGAAGAUACUAUCAGGCUGUUUCUGAGGCAGAUAGCCGAAGCGAUGAAGAUACUGCACGAAAAAGGUAUAGUACACAGGGAUCUCAAGCCGCAGAACAUUCUGUUGAGUUAUAGCGGCGGCAGAGCGUGUCCACAGCCACAUCAAAUAACGGUGAAGAUAGCGGAUUUCGGUUUCGCCCGAUUUCUGAAGGAUGGCGUGAUGGCCGCUACAUUGUGCGGCUCACCGAUGUACAUGGCGCCGGAAGUGAUCAUGUCGCACAAGUACGACGCGAAAGCGGACCUGUGGUCCCUAGGUACCAUUGUGUAUCAAUGUCUCACCGGCAAGGCACCAUUCCAGGCUAGCAACCCCCAUGCGCUCAAGUCAAUGUACGAGAAGAACGUGGACCUCAGACCCGACAUACCGUCUGGGACGUCGCCGGAGCUGACGCAUCUCUUGAUGGGUUUGCUGAAGCGCAAUCCACCGGAUCGCAUGAGCUUCGACGAGUUCUUCGUCCACCCGUUCCUCCAGGGUACUAGGAUGACUCCGAGCCCGGUGUCCGCUGAGUUGUCGGCAUCGCCGAGAACGACGGCGAUGCCGGAGGCUGCGCCGAUCGUCGAUAGGUCGGAGGAGCCCGAGACGAGCAGUCCGUGCUCCAGUCCCGAGGACGAUUUCGUCCUCGUGCCGAGCGAUCUCAGCAGCGACGCCGACAAUAAUCCCAACCCGCAGCCGGUCAAGUAUACCAAACAGGCGAGCAGGGACGCCGUCAGCCCGCCGCGGCCGUGCUUAUCAAAAUUUGGCGAUUACACCAGGCAGACGAGCAGGGAAGCCGUCAGCCCGCCCAGGCCGUGCUACCUUCCCAUCUCCGAGCCGAUACCUGUACCGUGCAACCGGAACACGGCUCCGCAACCGUCGUCACCUUCGACGAACGCCCGGUCAGGAAGCAGCGUCGUGCCCCGAUCUCAACCCAUCAGCAUGAAGCGCAGCGUGGACUCCCACAGGAAUCAUCCGCCCGACAUCGGCUCUCUCAGCCCGCCAAGCGUGCAGUUUGUCAUCGGCACUCCGCCCGGCAGAAGGUUGAGCGAGACACCGCCGCCGCCGAAUACGUGGCAGGUCAGCCCGGUGGCGAGGCACUCGCACACCCCGAGCGGUACCUCGCCGCUGCGUCGAUCUACAGGUAACAAUAGCGCGUCGUCUCCUCUGCUCACCGGACCAUUGGCGGUGCUAGGCUCACCCACGUCGAGGGCUUUCCAGGAUAAUAACAACACCCUCAGGCACUCGCCUGUUAUUCCAUUCGGCACCAGGGCCGUCACUCUCCCCGAGAUAUCCGAAGCUGGCAGCUUCCAAAGCCUUUUCCCCGACAUACCCCCGACGGCAACCGACGAGCGCCCGUUGACGUUCAUCGCGCCCGAGCUGCCCGAAGAAACGCUGCUCGAGCGCGAGCACAACGAGAUCCUGGCGAAGCUCAACUUCGUCGUGGCGUUGUGCGAGUGCGUGUGCGAGGUCGCCAGAACCAGAGCUGGGCCGCUCGGCAAUUUCGAAGAGGCCGCGCCACUCGGCAGCAUCGAGCAGGCCGGCAACGCGGCCACCAGACGACGAGCCGAGCAGGUGAUCCUGCUGGUCCGAGCCUUGCAGUGGCUCAGCUCGGGCCUGAACCUGGCCACGCAGCAGCUCAAAGCUGGGAGAUUGCAACCGACAGCCAGUGUGAAAGAGGUUGUUAGUACCAUGAACGAGAAAUUCAGAUUGUGCCUCACAGAAUGCAAGCUAUUGAACAGUGCGGGGCUCCUUCGACAAACAGGUGCCACGGCGGACAAGAUAUUGUACAAUCAUGCGAUUCAAAUGUGUCAGUCAGCAGCACUGGAUGAGCUGUUCGGAAAUCCCGCGGAAUGUUUCCAACGUUAUCACACAGCGCAAAUAUUAUUACACUCGUUGUCGCAGCAUGUCAGCCACAGUCAGGAUCGUGCUCUGCUCAUCAAAUACAAAGACGCCGUGGAGAAGCGGCUGUACGUGCUGCAGCAGCAGGGCUACAUCUACGCGACCGAGCCCACGUAGCGCUUGUGAAACGCGGCAGCCGAGCGCAGCGGCCAAGUCCCGCCCGCACCACCAGCCGAGCCCGUACCAUUACCGCACUCGAUAUCGCUCCUUUUAUGUAAUAUAUUCUGCCCUAUUCUGUACAAAAGAUGUUGAAAGCCGAAACACACGGUUACAAUACGUCGCGAUGCACAAUAGGCGUUCGCAGAUGCUUGCGGCGUUCGCCGGAUGUACGUUCCAAAAUGGUACCUUUCCCCGAAGAAACGCAUCUUUACCGCUCGCGUGUCGAUUAAAGCCGACUCUUCCUAAUUGCAUUACGUUGUGGGCUUUCUGUGCUCACGAUGAAGUGGUUCCAUAUUUGCAAUUUGGUAAAAAAAGGGAAAACCGCAUCGAGUACGGAAAGCGCAACAAUAUUUGCGACAAGCAAGCGGGUAGAGAGAAAUGAUAAUCGAUCGUUCGACUGGCACGUGUCAUAUCUCAAAAUUAAGAUUGAACGAUCAAGUAAAAUUAUCGAAUAUCAAGCGUGUUAACGAAAUAUCAUAUAUAUAUAUAUGUGAAAGUAUCCACGUACGUAUAUCCGGAAUUUUGAGUGGUAGAUGAGAAUUGACUUGUAGCUGACGUUUGAAUAAUUUAUGUAUCGAAUAAUUUUUUAUCUCCAACACGCAAGAUCUCAUUGAAUCUCCGCGAAAAUCAAGGGUGAAGAAUCCGAUUUUUAAUCUUUAAGACGAUUUUCCCCUUCAUUCUAGUCGUGCAGCAGGAAAUCUGCAGAAAUACAAGAUCAUUGGUUCCUCGCCAACGCGAGAAACGUUCAUCCGGUGAAUGUAGGAAUUUCUGACGCCUAAUGUUCGCUAAACGGGACAAAGCGGCUGACUAUCUCACCAAGACUAAUUAAAAAGAAGCUUUCCGUAGUUCCAUACGGAAUAGGGUAGAUAGCGAAGUGAAAGUGAAAGCCCGCAGCAUCCCCCUCCCUUUUUUUCCCCUCCAUUCUCCCUCCUCCCCGCGGCCCGUCAUCAUCUCUCUCUCUAUCUCUUUCUCAAGAUUUCUUUAUAUGAUUUAUUAACUUAGAAUGACUAAGGUAUUAUAACGAUUGUACACUGUAUAAUGUACGCAUGGUCGAAUUAACUAACCUUUAUUUCGUAUCGAUCAAUAAACAUGUGUAUACUAUA